CUGGUCUUGUUUGCUUGGGAAGGUAGCAACCGAACUAACGUAGACAUAAUUUAUUGAGUGGAGCGGCUGUUGGCACUGGAAAUUCGAGUACAAGACAGAGCCAUUGCUCCCCAAGAGUAGGAAGUCAAAUGAGAGAAACUGCACACAUAAACAAAGAGGUGAAGCCCUAUAGGUGUGGAUUUGCUGGAGAAACUGGUCCAAGAUGCAUAAUUCCUAGUGUGAUAAAAAAAGCUGGCUUGCCUAAGCCUAUCAAAGUUGUUCAAUAUAAUAUCAAUACAGAAGAAUUAUAUUCCUACUUAAAGGAAUUCAUCCACAUACUGUAUUUCAGGCAUCUAUUGGUGAAUCCUAGAGACCGCCGAGUUGUGGUUAUCGAGUCGGUAUUAUGUCCUUCCCACUUCAGAGAGACACUCACUCGUGUUCUUUUCAAGUAUUUUGAGGUUCCAUCUGUCCUGCUUGCUCCAAGUCAUCUAAUGGCUCUUCUGACACUUGGAAUAAAUUCGGCCAUGGUCCUGGAUUGUGGAUAUAGGGAGAGCCUCGUGUUACCUAUAUAUGAAGGGAUCCCAGUACUGAAUUGUUGGGGAGCACUCCCUCUAGGAGGAAAAGCUCUUCACAAGGAGUUGGAAACUCAGCUACUGGAACAAUGUACUGUUGACACAGGUGCUGCUAAAGAGCAGAGCCUUCCCUCUGUGAUGGGUUCAAUUCCAGAAGGUGUCCUAGAGGACAUUAAAGUGCGCACUUGCUUUGUAAGUGAUCUGAAACGUGGAUUAAAAAUCCAAGCAGCAAAAUUUAAUAUUGAUGGGAAUACUGAGCGUCCCUCACCACCCCCAAAUGUUGACUACCCAUUAGAUGGAGAGAAGAUUUUACAUGUUCUUGGAUCAAUCAGAGAUUCGGUUGUGGAAAUUCUUUUUGAACAAGAUAAUGAAGAGAAAUCAGUUGCCACUUUAAUACUGGAUUCUCUUAUACAGUGCCCAAUAGACACCAGAAAGCAGCUCGCAGAGAAUUUGGUAGUCAUAGGUGGCACGUCGAUGUUGCCAGGAUUUCUCCACAGAUUGCUGGCGGAAAUAAGGUAUUUGGUAGAAAAACCAAAAUAUAAAAAAGUACUCGGCACCAAGACAUUCCGAAUCCAUACUCCACCUGCAAAGGCGAAUUGUGUGGCGUGGUUGGGAGGAGCUAUUUUUGGUGCACUACAAGACAUACUUGGGAGCCGUUCAGUCUCAAAGGAAUAUUAUAAUCAGACAGGCCGUAUACCUGAUUGGUGUUCUCUUAACAACCCUCCGUUGGAGAUGAUGUUUGAUGUCGGAAAAGCUCAGCCACCUCUGAUGAAGAGAGCAUUUUCCACUGAGAAAUAAAAGUUUGAUUAAGAUUCAGCUUUGCUUCAUAUCAAGUAUCUAAUCGAUUAUAAGCAAAUGGUACAAAGUAUAUAGGAUGCUCUUAGAGAUGACUUUAUGGCAAUGAAAACAUUUCUCUAAUGACUUUUUGCAUUGAGAUUCUUUUGACUUUUGUUUUUCUUGUGUAGUGGUAAAAUGGUAGCUGAUGCUUAAUGAAAUUUGUUGUAUUUAUAUCAAUAAAAUAUAGUAAAGCGGUUUAAUUUUGGAAGUUUGUUACACAGUUUAAUUUCAAAAGGAAUAUAACAUUUUCCCUCCACAAUUCACAUAAUCUGAGCUGAGCAUUGGAAAGGUCAUUAAUUUCAUUAUUUUCAGCAAUUAUUUCAAGAAUAAAUAAUAUUACCAUUACCAGGUAUUUCAAAUAUUAACGUGGGUCUAUUCAGAUUCUUUUGUUUUGGUAUUUAUGUGUCCAUGUUACAAUGCUGCUUUUGCAGGAAUAUAUUUGACUCUUUGGACUGAGAAUGUUUAGUAACAUAGUUAAAACAUUGGUUAAGCAACAUGUGCAGAUGUUUACUUUUUAACUUUACAGUUUCUUUACGAACAAUUCUACAUUUCUAAGGAGAAAGAUACUUCAUUUUUAUGCAAAGACAUUCCAUUUUAUGUAUUUUUAUGUAAGCGCUUUAUAAACGUGAAAUUCAUAAUGUUUUAA